AUGAACAACGUAAAGCACGACACCUCGUCCAACUGGAUCACACUUGCUGACUCGGAUCUCACAACAGGAGACACCCUCAGCUUCUCACACACGAAUGCGAAGCGAGCAAAUGUCUUGUCUGCUCGACCUCCCCUGCACCAACACCAUCGUAUACUCUGUUUCUUCCACAUGACUACUGGUGGCAUCGAUGAUCGCUACCUCGACUUUCUCCCAGUGGAUUUAGUUCAUCAGAUCAUGCUUUGGUAUGCCUACCUGAUGCAAGACCCAAUGGAGCGUAUAGCAGUGUCUGUCUCUCGGCAUUUGAACACCCACAUGGGAUGGCGUCUGGCGUCUUUCGAGCCUGAAAAUCUGAAGGCACCGGGAGGAGCCGAUGUUUCGUCUUGCUAG